GUCCAAAUCCUCCAUGGCUUCUCCCUCUCAUCUCCUUCUCAUUGCCCUCCUUCUUCCUGCUCUCGCCUCCUUCUCCAACGCCGGCAAGAUCGCCGUCUACUGGGGCCAGAAUGGCUACGAGGGCACCUUGGCGGAGGCAUGCAACACCGAUCUCUACGGAUACGUCGUUCUCGCCUUCCUGACCACCUUCGGCAACAGCCAAAAACCCGUCCUCAACCUCGCCGGCCACUGCGACCCUCCUUCAGGCACCUGCAGAUAUCUCAGCGCCGAGAUCCGCCAGUGCCAGUCCAAAGGUAUCAAGGUGCUGUUGUCUCUCGGCGGAGCCAUCGGAAGCUACUGGCUCUCCUCCUCAGACGACGCGAGGAACGUGUCGAGGUACCUGUGGGACAACUACCUCGGCGGGUCGUCGAGCUCCCGGCCGCUGGGAGACGCGGCGCUCGACGGCAUCGACUUCGACAUCGAGCAUGGCUCGCCGGACCACUACGGGGACCUGGCGCAGUCGCUCGUCGACCUGGGCAAGCAGGCGGGCACCAGAGUGUACCUGUCGGCGGCGCCGCAGUGCCCGUUCCCGGACCAGCUGCUGGGGCCGGCGCUGCGGGCCGUGACGUUCGACUACGUGUGGGUGCAAUUCUACAACAACCCGAGCUGCGACUACAGCUCGGGGGUCAGCGCCAUCGUCCGAGCGUGGAUCACGUGGACUUCCAACUUGCCGUCGUCGACGGUGUUCCUGGGGCUGCCCGCGUCGCAGAAUGCUGCCGGGAGCGGCUACAUCCCUCCGGAAGACCUCAUAUCGAAGGUGCUGCCGGCGAUCAAGCCGCUGUCGUCCAACUACGGCGGCAUCAUGUUGUGGAGUAGGUACUUCGACGGUAUCAGUGGAUACAGCAUCGCCGUCCGACCAUACGUACUGUCUGAUCAGAUCGAUAAACCAAACUCAGUGCCACAGAUAGAUAAAGCGAACUCACUGAACGUGAGAGAGGAAUAAAUAAAGCGAGUGACUGGUAUUAAAAUAUGUUUAAAUAAUUUUCAAUGGGUGAUCGAUAGCGUAAGAGAAGAUCCCACGACUAAAACAACAAUUAAGCUAUAUUCCAUUAUAUAAGAUCUAUUAUAUAGAUCUUUAUGUUAUUGGAUCUGAUCCCUGGUAAAUUAUCAAUUAUAUUCAAAUAAAUCAGAUCUUAUUUUAUUA